CACUCGAAAAGAGGGUUUCUCAAGAAACCCUGCUCAUUCACGCUUCACAAAAGAGGGAGGGAGACUAUUUAGUAACUUCUUUUUCCUUUUUAAGAAGAUGGCUUCGUUUGGCUCUGACCACCACCGUUGGGUGUUUGCCUUCGGGGUCUUAGGCAACUUGGUUUCCAUCAUCGCAUACCUUGGCCCGUUGCCGACGUUCUAUCGGAUCUACAGAGAAAAAUCAACGAUGGGAUAUGAGUCGCUACCGUAUGUGGUAGCACUUUCCUCCGCCAUGCUCUGGAUGUACUACGCACUCCUUAAACCUGCAACUCUUCUCAUCACCAUCAACUCAGUGGGAUGCAUUAUCGAGACCCUUUACAUCUUGUUUUAUAUUCUUUACGCCUCAAAACAGGCCAGGAAACAUACGAUCAAGCUAGUAGGUAUGCUGAACGUGGGGUUAAUCUGCGCAAUUUUUGUGGUCACAAACUUUGCGCUGAAGGAAGUAUCAGUUCGUAUCAUGGUUGUUGGAUGGAUUUGUGUUGCUUUCUCUGUGUCUGUUUUUGCAGCACCUCUCAGCAUUGUGUCUCAAGUAGUCCGAACUCGCAAUGCUGAAUUUAUGCCGGUCGCCUUGUCUGCAACCCUUACAUUGAGUGCAGUCAUGUGGUUUUUCUAUGGAUUCCUCAAAGCGGAUGUGUGUGUUACGGUUCCAAAUAUUAUGGGGUUCUUUCUAGGAGUCCUUCAAAUGAUGUUGUACGUCAUCUAUCGAAAGCCCAAGCCCCUUGUGGCUGAGAAAAAAGUACCAGAGCACGUAAUCAACAUAGUAAUGUUGUGCAACUCUGACGUGCAUCCACUUGAUUCUCAAACAAGUAGCAAUUGCGACGUCAACUCUACUGCUGAUGCUGAUGCUGAUGAAAAUGAAGAUGAAAAGAAGGAUGAAGAAACUGUUUCGGCAGUGGCAGAUGAACCCUGCAGCAGCCAAGCCCAAGUGCACCUCGAUUCUCCUGCAUUGGUUGUUUGUUCUGCAGCUUAGAUAUGAUAUGAUGGAUGAUUCAUUCAGCUGUCCAUUUUGUAUCCCUCCCGCUUUUAUUUCUCUUCCUUUCCCGUCCC